UUAUGCAAUGUACUGCUGGAAGUGGCGACAGUAAAGUAAGGUAGCCCCAGAGGAGGGAUCUUAUGGUUUUAGCUAAAAUAUGUUACAUCCACAUACUCUUAUUUAGCGAUGUAAGAUAGUAUAGCGUUACAAAAAAAGGAGGAACCAAACAAGAAAAGUACAUAAAAGGCAUCAUGGACCAGUCAUCAUACCGUUUGCUGCAGAUUCUGUCCUUGGCAUGUCUGGCCUGUAGGCUCACUUCUAGUUCUUUCAAAAACUACGGAACAAUAAUCCCACAAUCUCCAACAGUGGAAAUCGGGAAGGAAUUCACCGCUACCUGUGUAGUCUAUGAUGCUGCUAAAGCCACAGCGGAUGACAUCUACUGGACGAGUGGUGGCGUCAUAGUGCCCAAAGAGCAGUACACCAAGAUCAACGACUCAGCUGUUAACGUAACCAUAACUAUCACCGGGGAAACUGGAAAAUGGUUACUUUGUAAAAAGAAUGAGUCUCCCUCAUCCUUAAACAAAAGCAAAACAAUCCACGGGAUUGAAUUGACCAAAGGGUAUCCUCCUGAGAAGCCUGAGAAUUUGUCCUGUAUGGCUGUCCAGUUCGACCGACAGAUUUCCUCCAAUGUGACGUGCACAUGGCAGCCUGGGGAAAUGGACGAGAAGAUAAGCACAACAUUCACCUUGUUUGGAAGUGUAAUUGCCGUAAACCAGAACUACAGCACAAAAGCUCAGAGAAGCAGUGGAUGCAUCUACUUUGGCAACUUUCCAAACUAUAUGGAACUGGAUAUAUGGGUAGACGUGGAAAACAAUUUGGGGAAGGUUCAAUCGGACGUUCUGUUCAUAAUUGAUCCGAAUGAAAUGGUGAAAACGAAUCCCCCAUUAGACGUCAAUAUUAUUUCAGAGAAGAACUUUUCCAGGACCCUCUUAGUGAGCUGGAAGCACCCUAUCCAUGAAACUGUUGUCAAACUGAAAUACAACCUCAGGUUCUGCACUGUGGGCUCUGGAGACUGGACUGAGGUACCCCCAAAUGACACUGAAAGUAGCAAGGAGUCUUUCCGUCUCCAAUACCUUAAGCCAGACAUGGAGCACGUAGUGCAGGUCCGCUGUAUGCAUCACACGGGCUACGGCUACUGGAGUGACUGGAGCGCGAACUCUACCGCCAGGACCCCAGAGGACAAGCCUACAAGUAAACCAGACCUAUGGAGAGUGGUCAUUCCCAGUCAAGGCAAAAGUGAGCGGAGAGUGGAAGUGAUGUGUAAGGAUCCAGUGGAGUCCAAUGGAAGGAUACGAGGCUACAACAUCAAGAUCCAAGAUGGAGCCUGGGAGGUUGUGCCGGUCAAUGGCUCUGAGCUAAACUCCAGGUCGCAGGAGAGGAAAAUUAUCCCCCUUUACCAGAUUCCACUGUCUGACAAGAGAAGAGGCUCCAUUGAAUUGAAGGCCUGGAAUUCUGUUGGCGAGUCUCCCCGAGCUUCUUUGGGCAUUCCUAAAUUGGCCCACGAGCCCCCUCCAGUGGCAUCGCUCAGUUGUUUUAACCAGGACAGGAGGCUGUGGGUGGAGUGGCAGCCGCCCAAUGUGGAGGCCACAGGGGUGACUGAGUAUGUCCUGGAGUGGGUUUCGGUCAGUGACGGCGCGAUAGACUGGCAGAGAGAACCUAGACACAACAGGAAGGCACCCAUUAAAGGUACCCUUCAGAGAUUUAUGCUCUACAAUAUAUCUGUGUAUCCCAUGUACUCUGGGUGGACUGGGAAACCAUUAACCACUGCAUGCUUUCUGGAACAAGGAGCUCCACUGGAGGGUCCCUCUGUGAAAGUGAGGAGAACAGGGAAGAGCAACGCUGAGGUGGAAUGGAUGGAGAUUCCGCUGGACAAACGGCGAGGCUUCAUCACAAACUACACAAUAUUCUACAUCACAGGAAGCAAGGAACACUCAAUAGUUGUCUCUCCGGACACCUACUCUUACACAGUGGAGGGCCUGGCCAGCAACAGUAAGCAGGUGGUGCGGAUCAUGGCCUCUACAGUACAAGGCUCGACAAAUGGCUCGGACCUGUCGUUCAAUACUCUGAUGUAUGCUCCUGGGCAGAUGGAAGCCACCGUGGUGUCUGUGUGCAUCGGUGUCCUGUUUGUCAUAGUGCUAACUGUGUCCCUCUGCAUGUACAAAAUUGACUUGAUAAAAAAGAUCUGGCCACCGGUUCCAGAUCCCUCCAACAGUACUAUCGCUAACUGGUCGCCUGAUUUCCCCACCAAAGCUGUCAGUCCCAAGGAGAGUGUGCUGGGCGACGUGAGUGUGGUGGAGGUGGACGUAUUCGACAGGAAGUCGCUGUGCGAAGAGGAUAAGGCGGGCCUGCCGCUCAAGAAGGACAAGUACCUGUCGGAGGAGCACAGCAGCGGCAUUGGCGGCUCUUCUUGCAUGUCGACGCCACGCCAGAGUGUCUCGGACAGCGAGGAAGGCGGUGACUCGGGCCAGACCAUGACCAGCACCGUCCAAUACUCGUCGGUGGUGGCCUCCAACGGCUACAAGGGCCAGUCCCCUUGUACUCUGCCCCAGUCCCCCUGCACUCUGCUCCAGACCCCCCAGUGUGGCUCCUCACAGUCCCAGACGCCCAGCUUCGCCCGCUCUGAGUCCACCCAACCCCUGCUGGACAGCGAAGAGAGCCAGGAGGGCAGUGGGCAGUCCCACCAGCGGAACCCCUACUUCAGCCGUUCACCUGUGGCUAGCGAAAGCAGAGACCCGGGGGACAGGAACCAGCUGGAGAUGGAGGAGCAGGGGUUGGCUUCGCUCCGGUUCUGCCCUCUGGAGGAGGGGUCACAACAGACCACGCCCACAGAUGAGGGACAAUCCCCUGACGAACAGCCAGGCCCCGUUCCUAGCUAUAUGCCUCAGCUGAGGGGCCACAGGCAACCGUGUUAGGAGAGGAGAACAAAUGGUGACUUUAGUUUCGAAGUCAUCUCACUUCAUUCAUUUAUCCCUCCUUUGUGCCUUGGAUCAUUUUAGACAUUCAUUUAUCCCUCCUUUGUGCCUUGGAUCAUUUUAGACAUUCAUUUAUCCCUCCUUUGUGCCUUGGAUCAUUUCAGACAUUCAUUUAUCCCUCCUUUGUGCCUUGGAUCAUUUUAGACAUUCAUUUAUCCCUCCUUUGUGCCUUGGAUCAUUUUAGACAUUCAUUUAUCCCUCCUUUGUGCCUUGGAUCAUUUCAGACAUUCAUUUAUCCCUCCUUUGUGCCUUGGAUCAUUUCAGACAUUCAUUUAUCCCUCCUUUGUGCCUUGGAUCAUUUCAGACAUUCAUUUAUCCCUCCUUUGUGCCUUGGAUCAUUUCAGACAUUCAUUUAUCCCUCCUUUGUGCCUUGGAUCAUUUCAGACAUUCAUUUAUCCCUCCUUUGUGCCUUGGUUCACUUCAGACAUUCCGUUCAAGAUUUCAAAUGAUGAAUUACGUCGGCAUAUUAAUUUUCCUACAGACAUCCUAACUUGCCUCAUUAAAUCUCUUUUUAAGUGGAUGACAGUUUGGCUCCAAGCCUUCAGCUUGUUUGUGGAGUUUUUGUUUUAACAUUCCAAGAAGCAAAUAGACCACUUUUUCAUGUUAUCAUCAGUGUAAUACAUGGGAUUCUGAGAUGCUGUAUCUUAUAGGUAAGACUAGACAGGCAGUGCAUAACAUUGGGGCGGCAGCGUAGCCUAGUGGUUAGAGCGUUGGACUAGUAACCGGAAGGUUGUGAGUUCAAACCCCCGAGCUGACAAGGUACAAAUCUGUCGUUCUGCCCCUGAACAGGCAGUUAACUCACUGUUCCCAGGCCGUCAUUGAAAAUAAGAAUGUGUUCUUAACUGACUUGCCUGGUUAAAUAAAGGUUAAAUAAAUAAAAACAUCUUUUCUCUUGGCAACCACCAUCUCAAUCAGUUCACAUGACAGACAGGAGUUUAUAGACACAGGUCAGGCAUUACUAAUCAAUGAUGAACAUCUGAUUUUCAUCCUUACAACGCAUAUGCUGUACAUGAAUGUAAUUAACAGAUCUCGUCGGUCUCAAACAGCAAUGUCCCCGAGGAGCUAGGCACCAAACAGUAGAAAACAGGGAGGAGCUACAUGGACCUGUCCAAUGCUUAUUUUGCUUAUUUUCGCUAGUCGGCCCUAAUGAAGAUGACUGUGUUCCCAGGAUGGUAGAUUGAAUGGUAAAGUGUUCCAAUGUGGCAUAUUUUCUUUUUUCUUCAUAGUAUCUAGGACCAUGUCUAUGGACUGAAGUAAUGCCUCACAAUGAAAAGUUUACUCAAUUUAAAAGCCUCUUCAGUAGCUAGUGAGCUUUGUACUGUUUAUCAUUCGUUGUGUUAGCUUCACCUGUCGUCCGAAGAGCAUAGUCUAGAAGUGGGCGCUGAUCUCUACAAACUGGUUGAAUUUAUAGUGCAUUUGGAAAGUACUCUGACCCUUUCUCCACAUUUUGCUAUGAGACUCAAAUUGAGCUCCGGCGCAUCCUGUUUCCUUUGAUCAUCCUUGAUGUUUCUACAACUUGAUUUAUUGGAUAUCAUUUGGCAAGGUGCGCGCACACCUGUCUAUAUAAUGUCCCGAAACAAAAUGUGGGAAAAGUCCAGGGUUCUGAAUUCUUUCCGAAUGCAGUGUAGAAUAGAAAAUAGGACUUAAAGGAAGCCAACAUGUGACACUAACCAAUACAACAGGACCCCUUGAAAUAUGCUACACUAGUCAGUAUAUGACUGGUGACAUGGCGUCAUUUCAGGUAGGGAAUCUGUAAAAAAACUCUUUGACAAAUGUAUAUUUGCCUUUUUACAAUGCCUUAAGAAUUUUUAUUCGAGGUCAACUUGACAUGCUGUUAUGAAUUCUGCUCCAAGUCAUCUUUAGACUUGAUCUGUUGCCAAAGACCUUAAUACCCAGGAAUUACUAAAUGUUUCAUGUUCAUUUCAAAAUUCUAUGAAUUACUACUAUUUUUGUUUUUAAAUACAAGAUUUAUUUUAUUUUAAAUUGAUCUGUUAAUAAGGACAUUGUGGUUAAAUUUAACGAAAGGUAAAGCAGUGCUAUGCAAGUUCCCUGUCCAUCUGGUUCCAGGUCAGAUUUUAGAGAGAUUACUGGUACAGUAUUAUAUGUACUGAAAAGGAAGAUUGUGUAUUAUUUCUUACAGGUAUAUCUUUAUUUUUUAUAUUAAUUAGUUUGUUUGUUUUGUCAUGAAAAUAGUUUGUUUGGAAUGUACAGAUCUCAACUGGACCUCCAAAUGAGUUUCUACAGCAAGGAGUAUGCUCAGAAAUUAAUGUACUUUUACCUACAUUUGGAUGUUGCUACUUAUGAAAACUAUUCUGACAUCACUCAGUUAACACUACAUUUCCAUUGUAUACAGAGAACAGCGUAGUAUUUCACUGCAUGCAACCAUAACAUAAACCCUUUUUGGAGCAGUAUUAAGUAUGAAAUAAACUAGUUUAAAUGCC